UGGUCGUCUGUGUAAUUGUGAGAGCAUCAUGGUGGCGUUUAAAGGAGUCUGGACUCAGCCCUUCUGGAAAGCUGUUUCAGCAGAAUUUUUGGCCAUGCUCAUUUUUGUCCUCCUCAGCCUCGGCUCCACAAUCAACUGGGGUGGAGCAGAGAAGCCUCUGCCGGUAGACAUGGUCCUUAUCUCCCUCUGCUUUGGACUCAGCAUUGCAACCAUGGUGCAGUGCUUUGGACACAUCAGCGGAGGCCACAUUAACCCUGCUGUGACCGUGGCAAUGGUCUGCACGAGGAAAAUCAGCCUCGCCAAGUCGGUCUUCUACGUUCUUGCCCAGUGCCUGGGAGCCAUCGUGGGCGCAGGCAUCCUUUACCUUGUCACACCAUCAAGCGUGGUGGGAGGCCUGGGAGUCACUGCGGUACAUGGGGAUCUUUCUGCUGGCCAUGGACUCCUGGUGGAGUUGAUAAUUACAUUCCAGCUGGUUUUUACUAUUUUUGCCAGCUGUGAUUCAAAACGAAGUGAUGUCACUGGUUCAGUAGCUUUAGCAAUUGGAUUUUCUGUUGCAAUUGGACAUUUAUUUGGUGUAUAUUGGGUGGGACCAAUAAUAGGAGCAGUCCUUGCUGGUGCUCUUUAUGAGUAUGUCUAUUGCCCAGAUGUUGAACUCAAGCGGCGUUUUAAAGAUGUCUUCAGUAAGGCUACCCAGCCAUCCAAAGGGAAGUACAUCGAGGUGGACGAUAACAGGAGCCACGUAGAGACCGAUGACCUGAUCCUGAAACCUGGCAUAGUUCACGUGAUUGAUAUUGACAGGGGUGAGGACAAGAAGGGAAAAGAUCCAUCCAGCGAGGUGUUGUCUUCCGUAUGACUAGCAAGAAGCACUGAAAGCAGAGAGCAGCCCGCUAGCCUGUCCACAGAUAUCCUUCCACCUAUUAAAGAAACAGAUCUCCUCUAAACUGAUCAUCUACCAUUUCCUAACAGGUAUGGUGCGAGCAGCUGCGUGGUAGUGGUGUCGCCAAACCAUACACCUGCUCAGUUGGAAUAUUAGGACUUUGCUAUAAUUAGGAUUCCCCAUCUAUUGUUCCAAAUUAAGAAUUGUUCCUGCUAUUUUCCUUUCCUUCUUUCUGGAACCAUCCCAAAGUCAGAGAUGAAAGCAUUCUCCUUUAAUAAAUCAGUCAAUAAUGAGAUGAAGAUAGAGAUGUUUAAAAUUCAGAUUGACAGUUAAGACACAUCAGGAAAUGCCUAUAGACAUGAAGACCUACUUAUCAGAUUGUUCUUCUGACACUUAAUUGGCUGUUGUCAGCUCCGAUUAGAACAUCUUAUCCAUUAAGCAUUCUCUGCAAGGUUCAGGGACAACACCAACAGUAUUUAAGAGUUUUAUCCACAGUCAAGCAAGGGGGUAUUGUUUCAACUUGCGUACAUCACCAUUGCCUUGCAAGCUACCUCUGAAAAAGUGAUACUUUAAUAGGUUUAAAAAAAAAAAUCUAUCAACCCAUCAAAUUUCACUCAUGUGAUUUGCAGUAUAAAUAUAUUGCCUUCAUCCCUUCCCAGGAGUAAAUACGACGAAAUUGAAUGUUGAAUUCUACUGUAAUAAGGCUGCAAAGCAUUUGACUGUACUUUAUGCUCCCUCUUGUUAUUGUCUAUCUGGUGAAACAUUCUCCUGGGGUUUGACUAUUGACCAUUUAGUGUUAGCAGACUCUCGAGGUCAUGCAAAGAAUAUAAAGGCUUUCCUGCUACUUAAUAAAUAAGAAAUAUCAGAAGAAAAUAAGGCAUGUCUGUUUUCAGUGCACUUGUUCCAAUACACGUUUCUGUGCUAAUUUAUGUAAACUAAAGGUUUAAAUUACUUACCUACUUUCUUACA